AUGUCCGUCACGUUGCACACCGACCUCGGUGAUCUCAAAAUCGAGCUCUUCUGUGAGAGCGUCCCCAAGACCGCCGAAAACUUCCUCGCCCUCUGCGCCUCCGGCCAGUAUGACGCCUCGCCCUUCCACCGCCUGAUCCCUUCCUUCAUGGUGCAGACAGGCAGCCCGGCCUCGGACCCCAAGUCCAAGAGCUCCGUCUCCAUCUUCACCACGCCGGACCGCCUGUUCGAGGACGAGAUCAAGCCCGCUCUGCGCCACAAUGCGCGCGGCAUUGUGAGCAUGGCCAACAAGGGCCCCGACACCAACGGCAGCCAGUUCUUCAUCUGCUUCGCCCCGGCCCCGCAUCUGGACGGCAAGAACACGGUUUUUGGCCGCGUCAUCGAGGGCGACGAUGUGUUGGACCAGCUGGAAGGCCUGGAGGCCGACAAGAAAGGACGUCCGAAGCAGAAGGUCACCAUCAGAAGCGUGACGAUCCACGCGAACCCACUGGCUGGAUGA